GCCAUUCACUAGAUUCGUCCCUUCCAUUUAAACUACCGCUGUGGUCUGGUCUUCGCUACCACCACUCCUCAAAAAUGAACCACUUUCACCACCAGCAUCUUCGACAUUUAUGCACAUGUAGACGGCUUCUCUUCCGAAAUGCGCGCUAUUUAUCAACCAAAAAGAAGGAAACACUGCGAGGAACGCCGUCAUCAUCAUUCAACCCUCCAAAACCCGUGUCUUCAUGUAGUGAUAUACAUCUGGAGCACAAGAAAAGCUGGCUGACACGAAAAGUCGAGUCCUCACCCACGGCCCGCUGGUGGUUCAUGAAAUUUGUCAAUCUGCUGGGGUAUGGGACUCCGAAGCAGCUGGCAGGAAGAAGGACGUUUCCGUUGUAUGCGAUGCUAUGUGCGGCUGCGCCAGAUGCAGAAAUCGGAUUCUGGCAUCAAGAGUGUGAUUUGCCACCCACAUUCCAGUCGUGGUUCACUGUCGCCAACCUUCACACUUGGAUGCUCGCCGUCCGUUUCCGCGCCCUGCCAUCUCCCCACGGAAAAGAAUAUGUACAGGGUCUCGUCGACCACUUCUUCCUUGACAUCGAAGACCGGAUCCGUGCCGUACUUCAACCUCCUUCGAAACCUACAGAGCCCUACACAUUUGAGUCGUCUUUCUAUACCAACCCCAAUGCACCUACCACGGGACCUGAUGGCAAGAUCAUACGGCGCAGAGCCGCGCCGGAGCGAUUGGUAUCUCGGCAGAUGAAAAUCUUCAAGGAACAAUGGACAGGAAUGUGGAUGUCUCUCGACUAUGCCCUAGUUAAGGGUGAUAUGGAGUUGGCGGCUGCUGUAUGGCGGAACUUGCUUGGUGCGCGUGGAGCGGCAGGCAUCGCUUUUCCCGAUCCAAAUAACCCCGAUGCUCCAGCCCCGUACCGUCGCACCGUCAAUCUCGUCGGGGGCUUGGUAGAGAAUGUCGAGAAAAUUGACUUCGAGAAGGAAGCACACCGCGAUGAUGGGUCUGGCGUCCACGAUUAUACACCCUCCGAGGUGGAUAAAUACGUCAAAUAUCCCGAACUUAUGCUCGAUGUGGUGACGUAUGUUCGUAGGGAGCUGGUUCGAUUGGAGAACAUCGGCGACGAGGAGAUCAUGCAUGGUGAUAUUGCCGGGCUGGGUUUUGGUAGAAUCCUGCAGUCUGAAAGUGACGCGUCCGAAUCCAAGGACACAAUGAAAUCAAGUGGUGUAUCUCCCAGCGACGCAUCCAAGUCCGAUGAUGCUGUCAAGUCCAGUGACGCUCCAAAGACAAAUUUCCCGAAACCCAGGAAGCUUUCUACGACCGCAGCCGUCAAACGCAGUAGCACGUCCAAGGAGAAUCCGAUGCUAAAGGCAAAUUCCCUGAAGGAUAGAAAUCCUACGCCUAAGCCCAGUGUCUCUACAGAUGCCGCAUCCAAAAGAAGUGACGUGAAAGCCUUGUCUUCCAAGUCAAAAGCGUCGAAACCUAAUGCACCUUUAAAGAAGUAAACGUACCCUACUCUCUAAUAAACGCUGUUACCAAUAUUACCUCAUUGUCUUUGAUCAUCGGUAAUAAAUAUCGAC